AAACUUUGGACAUCCCGCGUUUAGAACUGGGUAGAUCCUGCGGUUCGCUCAUUUCCCGCAAUCAACCAGCACCCAAUCCAUCGGUUUCAUUCUUUUAAUUUCUGUAUAAUGGGUUCCCUUUUCAACAGCAUCUGUCUUUUCACUUGCUGGCUCCCUAAUCUUCUGAACCCACCGCAGCAGGGAUCUUCGGGCUCGGAGCCAGUGAUCGCUGGAAAAACAUACGACUACAUUGUCGUCGGAGGCGGGCUCACAGGACUCACUGUCGCCGCUCGUCUGAGUGAAGACAGUAGUCGUACCGUGUUAGUCAUUGAGAAUGGCUACCUUGUGGACGAUGUCUCAACCCAAGUGCCAUCCUAUGCAAACAGCUUGAACGUAGGGCUGAUGUAUGAUAUCACAUCGGCCCCCAAUGUCAACCUUGGAGGCCAGACCAAACCUGUGUACGUGGGCAACGUCGUCGGUGGUGGCUCAGUUGUGAACGGCAUGGCAUUUGACCGUGCGUCUGCUGCUGAUUAUGAUGCUUGGGAACGCCUUGGUAAUACUGGAUGGAACUGGAACGGUCUGCUGCCUUACUUCAAGAAGUCUACUACGUUCACACCACCGUUGCUGUCCAUCCUCCAGGGUUUUGGCAUAACGUUCGAUGCCUCUUACUACGGCAUAAAUGGUCCGAUCCAAGCCUCAUUCCCUAACUUCGAGUACUCGGAUGUUGCUACCAUCUGGGCAGCUUACAAAGCUCAAGGGGUCCCUCUGCCCAAGGAACAUGCUUCUGGUAACGCCGUUGGUGCCUACUGGGUUCCUACUGCACUUCGACCGUUGUCACAAACUCGGUCUGAUGCGAGGAAUGGGUAUUACGAUCCGAUCAAAAGUCGUAGUAACCUCGUCCUCGUCACGGGCAAGACUGUCAACGAGGUGCUUUUCGAUCAGAGUCCAUUCACUGGUAUCAAGGCGAAAGGCGUCCAGUACGUCUCACGCUCAGACAAAUCCGUCAAACAGGUCUUCGCCCGUCGUGAGGUCAUCAUGGCUGCGGGAGCCGUCUUCACACCUCAACUACUUCAGCUGAGUGGUCUUGGACCAAAGGAUGUCCUGAAUGCAGCAGGAGUGCGCGUUAAGAAGGACAUGCCAGCAGUAGGCGCAAAUAUGCAAGAUCACCCCAACGCCAAUAUGGUAUUCGACCUCAAGGACCUAGCAGUCCCAAAUCCACUGUCGGGCCUGGACCCAACCAUCAACGCUUCGUCAUGGGCACAGUACAACGCCAACAAGACUGGCCCCAUCACCCAAGCCCACGGAAGCAGCCUCGCCUUCCUGAGUCUGCAAACCAUCACAGAUAAAUACGCGUCCAUCGUCUCAUCCAUCAGGAGCCAAAACGCACGCAGCUACCUCCCCUCCGUGUACAGCGACUCGAAGCUCCUCGCCGGCUUCAACAAGCAGCGCGAGAUCAUCGCAGACCUGCACUCCCGCAGCGACGCCGCCGCCGCCGAAUUCCCCAUGGUUGCCUUCGGCCUCGCCAUCGGCGCACUGCAGCGCCCGCUGUCCCGCGGCACCAUCACCCUCAACCCCUCCAACAAAUACGGCGCGCCCGUCGUCCAAUGGAACACCUUCCAGAACCCUAUCGACCGGCAAAUCAUCGCCGAGAUGGUGCGCUGGCUGCGACAGCACUGGGCGCGCCCCGAGCUGGCCAAGUUCUCGCCUGUCGAGAUUGUCCCUGCGGACGGCGAGACUGACGACGAGAUCAUUGACGCCCUGAUACGGACUAAAGCACUCGAGGCCAGCUUUGCGCAUAUGUCGGGUAGCUGUGCGAUGAUGCCCGAGGCGCUGGGUGGUGUGGUUGGCGCCGAUUUGCUGGUGUAUGGGGUUAAGCAGCUCAGUAUCGUGGAUGGGAGUAUUAUUCCCUUGGUGCCUGCGACACACUUGCAGGCGACUAUGUAUGCGGUGGCUGAGAAGGCGGCGGAUCUGAUCAAGGCGAGGAAUGGGUCGCCGUCAUCAAUCUUCAACUUGUUUGGUAUUUUUGGUCGAUUAAGGUUAUGGUAAACGCAGUAGGCUGCAAGAACUUCACUGUAAAUAUUUCUCUUAGUGUCUAUUACAAAUACUUCUCCAUUUGACAUUCGCUGCGUCUUCGAGUUUGGGUAUGUGACGACACAGCUUCUGCUUUGAUGUUCUGGAUCUACGCACUGUUCUCAGUCAGUCCUCGCAAGUAUCAAUUGGAACCAAUAGCUCCAUCAUGUAUGUGGUGGUGCUUGAGUCACAGCCCGUCUGUAAUCGAAAAGCCUUAAGAUCUGUCUAAAGCUGUCUCUACCUGUGGCCCAGCCAUCAAAACCAC